AUGGACGACUCGACGAACAACACCUUCCUCGCCGCCGCCAUGGACCACUUCACUGCUGUGCGGCCGUUCAUACCAAUGUACAUUCAUCUGCUCUUCUCGGCCUUGGCCCCGAUCUACACAGGUGCCCAUGCCUCGCUGUCCCGACCAUCAUCCGCGGCCAAACCAGUCAAAGUGAUCAAGGAUACGACAGAUGACGAUGAUGAGGACGAGGACGAAGACAAGGUCCAGAAGAUGGAAGGUCUGUCGCCGUCAGACGCCAUCGUCUUCCCCAUCACGGCUGGCUGUGUCCUUGCUGGGUUGUACUUCCUAAUCCAGAGAUACGGUGCCAACCUCAUCAACAUGGUUAUGAGCUUCUACUUCGCCGCGGUCGGUAUCUACAGUGUAGCUACACUCUGGAAGGACGGAAAUGACAUUGUUAACAGCUUUGUCUUCCCAACUUGGUUCGCCCAAGGCAAAACAUUAUACAAGGUCGAUGGCACAGCACGCAAAGCCGUCGCGCAAGACACCACAUCCGAAGCUGUCCAGAGCAGAGACUCACCGAUCCCAUACAUACCCGCUUUUACCAAAUCCUUCUACGACAACAUCUGGGCUCUCCGCGCAGCCGUCAAACAACGCUACACCACAAGCCUCCACAUCCCCUCAAUCAUCACAUACAAAGGCAGCCUAACCCUCAACAACCUCAUCUCCGUCUUCGUCGGCCUCGGCACAAUCUUCUACGCCAACAUCAUCUCGACCACGAAACCCUGGUACCUCACAAACCUACAAGGCUUCGCCGUCUGCUACCAAGCUCUACAGUUCAUGUCCCCCACCACAUUCUUCACGGGCACACUGAUCUUGACGGGCCUGUUCUUCUACGAUAUUUGGGCUGUGUUCUUCACGCCACUUAUGGUUACCGUGGCGAAGAAUCUGGAUCAGCCGAUCAAGAUGGUGUUUCCGCGGCCUGACGACCCUGGUGCGACGAUGGGCAGUGAUGGGAAGAUGCCGCCGAGGAGUUAUAGUAUGCUUGGGCUUGGCGAUAUUGUGUUGCCUGGUUUGAUGAUUGGGUUGGCGUUGAGGUUUGAUCUGUAUAUGUUUUACUUAAAGAAGCAGAAGAGAGUGGCGGGCGCGCAGAAGGCGGUUGAGGAGAAAGAAAUCAAGACGAAGCACGACGAUGGCACGAACGUGAAAGCGCCGUACAUCUCACCUGCAGGCUACAUCGGCGACCGCUUCUGGACUGCACUCCUGCCGACCUCUGCACGUCCGGCACGACUCAAUACCUCCUUCCCAAAACCGUACUUCCACGCCUCGGUGGUGGGCUAUAUCGUCGGCAUGAUGACCACGUUGGCCGUCAUGAGCAUCUGGAACCAUGCUCAGCCGGCUCUACUGUACCUCGUCCCCGGAGUUCUGAUUAGUUUGUGGAGCACGGCACUUGUGAGAGGCGAGAUCAGCGAGAUGUGGAAUUAUAGUGAGGGUGUCAGUGGUGAGCAAGUCGAGGGUGAGGACGGGAAGGAGAAGAAGGAGGAGAUGGUGGAGGAGGUAAAGGGGUUGUGGGAAUGGAUGAAGGAGGCUCUUCUUGGGUCGUCUUCUGAGCCGGAGGCUAAGAUAGUGGAGAAGGCGACUGCGGCGGACAAGAAGAAGACAGAAGACAAGAAGUCGGCGGAGAGUGGCAAGAAAGCUGAGAAGGACGAUGUCAUUAUCAGCUUCUCCAUUGCGGAAGAAUCUCCGAGGGCGAAGCCCACGAUUGAGGGCUCCGAGUCGAGUCUCGAAGACACUCUUGUGGUUGGAAGGAACGAGUAA